GGGAGGGGAAGGGAGGGGCGCUAUUUAAAAGCCCGAAAGGGGAAAGCAGAGGAAACCACAAGCUGUGGAAGAUGAAGGUGACGGCGCUGAGCUCCCGGCAGCUCCGCCGGCUGGUGCGGAAGGAAGCCGGGCGCUGCUUGGUGCUGGAUUGCCGGCCGUACCUCUCCUUCGCGGCGUCUUGCCUGCGCGGGUCGCUGAACGUCAACCUCAACUCCGUGGUGCUGCGCCGGGCUCGCGGAGGCGCCGUGCCUUUGCACUUCGCAGUCCCGGACGAGGCGGCGCGAGGCAGGCUGCUGCUCGGGGCAGGAGAGAGGCGCGAGCCCGGGCGCGAGGCGGCAGACGAAGAAGAAGAGGAGGAGGAAGCCACAGCGCAAGCGCGGAGGCUCAAAGCGGUGGUGGUCCUGGACCAAGGCACGCGGCACUGGCGGAAGCUCAAGGGCGGCAGCACGGCCCAGAUCGUCCUCAACACCCUCCUGGCCGCCUUGCCCGAGCCUGGCGCCAAGGUCUGCUUCCUCAAAGGAGGUUAUGAAACCUUUUAUUCCCAGUAUCCUGAAUUCUGUAUAGACGUAAAGCCUAUAUCCCAAGAGAAGCCGGAAACGGAAAGAAGCGGCAACAGCCUCAGCGAGAAGCAGUGCAUCCAACACAAGCCAGCAUAUGAUCAGGGUGGCCCAGUGGAAAUCUUGCCUUUCCUGUAUCUCGGCAGUGCCUACCACGCUUCCAAGUAUGAGUUCUUAGCCAAUCUGAACAUCACUGCACUCUUGAACGUCUCCAGGAAGAGCUCUGAGCCCUUUACAGGCCAGUACUGCUAUAAAUGGAUUCCUGUGGAAGACAGCCAUACAGCAGACAUCAGCUCACACUUCCAGGAGGCAAUCGAAUUUAUUGACUGCACCAGACGGGAAGGAGGCAAAAUCUUGGUACACUGUGAAGCUGGCAUUUCCCGCUCUCCCACGAUCUGCAUGGCGUACCUCAUGAAAAUGAAGAAAUUCCGAUUGGAGGAGGCAUUCGAUUACAUCAAACAACGUCGGAGUCUGAUCUCACCAAACUUUGGCUUCAUGGGCCAGCUCCUCCAGUACGAAUCAGAAAUACUCUCUUCAACUCCAAGCCCUCCCGUCUCCUCUUGCAAAAGGGAUGCCGUGUCUUUUUUUGCCGACGAGCUGACUCGGAGCAAAAGUUUUGAAGGCUCCUGUUUUGCAUUUCCUACCUCAGUUUUGAAUUCUGUGCCCCUUCACUCACCGGUCCAUCAGCUGAAACUGAAUCCAAUCACUGCGACGUCACCCUGCUGGACCAUCUUGGGAGCAAGGGACAAUACAAUCCCAUGAAAGACUAUUAUGAAGACAUUUCAUCUAUGUCAUGUUUCACCCAAAACUAGAAACUUUGAGCAGGAAGAGAAUAUGUGGUUUCACAUUGGCAUGGAGUCAUGGUUCGAUGCAUUUCAGCUUGGGUUAGCUAUGCCAUUUCAAGCUGUCUAGCUAACUCCUGCUUUUCAGCUUAUCUUAUUCUAGGAUUUUAAUUUGAACUCUUUAAGCUAUUCUUCCUCCACUUCAACUACUAUUCAUUAUGGUUAUGGAUACAUAUUUAGCUCACGUAGGUCAAGCUUUUCAAAAGAGUGAAUGUCACUAAUGAAAGAAAAUGUGUACAUUUUCAAGGUUAUUUAAAAUGAUUUCUGGAGUGUCUGUGCAUCCACUACUGUAUUUCCAUACCAUGCUGGAGUAUAGAACCACGUUUUCAAAAAGUCACUCAGAUUGUCCCGUUGCUUCUAAGUUCAUGCUUCCCUCUCUCUCAAAAUCAUAGCCUUGGUUUAAAGUGCAAGCAAUAAACAGCUGUAUCAGGAGAGCAAAGCUAUAAUGCGAAGCACAAUGUCCAAGAGAAGCAAAGCCUGACAUCUUUGGUAGUGGCACAAAACUUGAACCUUUGUCGCCUUCUUUGUGUGGAUUCUUUUCUUUUUUUAAUGUCAUGUUCUGUAAGAGAUAAAUGGUUUUGAAAGAAAAAAAAUCAUUUUCUUCGCAUCCACCAAUUCUAUAUCACUUAUUGUUGUACAACUGUGGUCAGGGUCUGAAUUCCAUCCUUCCCUGGGACUGAGUUACAUACUUUCUGUGUUAGGUUAACAGACUGCAAAGCAGGACUACACAAAAUAUGUCCAAAAAACUAUGUAGAGGUCCUCUAUUUUAAGGGUCUGUCUAAAAUAGUAAAAUGAUCUGUCUAAAGAGCCACCAGUGGUGCAGCAGGUUAAACUGCUGAGCUGCCAAAUUUGUUGACCAAAAGGUCAGUGGUUCGAAUCCGGGGAGCAGGGUGAGCUCCCGCUGUUAGCCCCGGCUUCUCCCAACCUAGCAGUAUGAAAACAUGCAAAUUUGAGUAGAUUAACAGGUACUGCUUCGGUGGGAAGGUAACAGCUCUCCAUGCAGUCAUGUCGGCCACAUGACCUAGGAGGUAUCUAUGGACAACGCCAGCUCUUUGGCUUAGAAAUGGAGAUAAGCACCAACCCGCAGAGUCAGACACAACUAAAUAUCAAAUGGAAAUCUUUACCUUUACUUAAAAUAUUUCGAUCAUGCCAAAAUUAAGUUGUUGAAUUGUAUUUAGUUUGAAUACUACAUGUAGAACAAGUUAUGUCUGGCUUAAAUCUCAUUGAUUUGAAUGGCUUCAAUUGGCUUCAAAUUAGUUUCUUUUUUACUUACCUUCCCAUAGGGAGAUAACUAAAAUUCAUCCUGCAAACAGUGCAUUUAGAAAUGCUGGCAUCUCUAAGAUGCCCCAAUAGCUAGAUGUAAUGGGUUUGUUCCCAUUUUGUCCUAUUUGGCAAGUAAUGCUUGCAGUGUUGGUGAGGAGUGUGAUGCUUGAACACUCCCAGGUACUUGAAAGAUGUAUUGAUAACAUAAGUAAAGGAUAGACCACUGUGAUGAUCUCCUUUUUUUGGAGGGGAGAUUCAACUGCCAUUAGCUUUAGCCAGCUUAGCUAGUAGUGAGGCAUUAUAGAAGUAGCAGGCCAAAAACACCUCAAGGGGAACAUUGUUCACACAAUUUGCUAUGCUUAUUUCAUUCCUAGCACCUAGGUCUGGAAAAGACCAGGGUGGAUUUUGCAAAACAUGAGAAUAUGUUUUGUAUUUGGCACAGUUAGAACUGAUAACACAAGCUGCCAUUUCCUUUGAGCCAGGAGUCUGCAGAUGUUACCAGAUUGUGUCUUCAUACCAUUUUUACAUAUUCGUGGCUCAAUACACAAAUGCAAAGGCAAUCCCAUAGUGACUGGCUAUUUAAAGAAAUAUCUUAUGAAGCGCACAUAUUUAUUUACCCAGUGGAUUCUUGUGCAAUAAUUUGGAUUUCUGGAAAAGUUAUGGUAAAGAAGAUUGUGGCCGGAAGGGCCUUUUGCCAACAAUGCUCCUUCCUUAAUGAAGUGUUACCAUUCUUGUUGUACUAUGUGGUCUCUUCAAACGCCGUGCGGCUUUCGGAUCCAUGUGUUGAUUUCUUCCAUGUUGCAGUUCUGGAUAACUUAAUUCUUAGGCAGUCAGAACUUUUUAAACUGGACAGCAGUAUAUCCAGUUUUUGUGUCUUCAAGUGGCUCUAUGUUCUGCUGUUUGUUCCAUCAUAUUUUCCUAAAUAUGGGAAAUGGCAAUAACUGCCUGGAAAACUUGUGAAUGUGAAUACAGACUUUUAAACAAUAAAGUUGUAAAAUAAUAAAAGUGAAA